AUGGUCUUUACUUUUCUGACAUUCACCUUUUCUAUUAAAUACAUAGAUAGGAGUCUGACAUCAGUGUCUAUUUUUCCAUUUUUCUUUUUCUUUUCUUUUUCUGUUUUUUCUUUGUUUUCUUUUCUUUUUUCUUUCUUUUUUCCUUAUUUCAUUUUUUUCUUUUUUUCCUGCUUUUUUUCUUUUCUUUCUUUUUCUUUUUUUUUUACAUUUUCUUUUCUUUCCAUUUGUUUUAUUUUUUAUUUUUAUUUUAUCUUUUCUUUUUCAUUUUUUUCUUUGUCUUUCUUUUUCAUUCUUUUUCUUUGUUUUGUCUCUUUUCCUUUUUCUUUCCUUUUUCCUUUCUCUUUUUUCUUUCUUUUCCUUUUCUUUCUUUUCUCUUUCCUUAUCAUUUUCCUUUUCUUUUCAUUUCUUUCCUUUCUUUUUCCUUUCUUUUACAUUUUCUUUCAUUUUUUUCCUUCUCUUUUUUUUCUUUUUCAUUCUUGUUUAUUUUUCUUUCAUUUUUACAUUUCCUUUUCAUUCUUUUUGCUUUUUCUUUCAUUUUUACUUUUCUUUCAUUUUUCUUUUUCGUUCUUUCUGGAUCCUAUUUUUUUUUUCAUCUUUUUCCUUUCUGAAUAUUUGCAAGACUAUAGAUUUACAUAUAUCUUUCCACACGGUUGGUGA